AGUGAAUGUGUUUUGGUCGGGUCAGGCGGAGGGGCUUGCAAGAAGCGCUGGAGAGGAGAAGGUUUAUAAGCCAAGUUUUCACUUGUUGGAAGCACACUCACCGUUGGCUCUCACCGUUCACACAGUGACCAGAAGAGGAAUACCGCGACAGGAUGAGGGCGUUCGUUGUUCUAUCAUCGUUAUUGGCUCUGACGAGUGCCCGCCCUGAGGCAGGCUACUCUUACAGCGCACCAUCCAGCAGCUACGGAGCUCCAUCGGGAGGCGGCGGCAGCUUCGGGGGCGGCGGCCACAGCUUCAGCUCGGGCGGCGGCGGAUUCACGUCUCUAGGAGGAGGUGGUGGUGGAGGCCACUUUGGAGGCGGUGGCAGCAGCUUCAUCGGAGGCGGUGGAUCAAGCUUCAGCGGUGGUAGCUCCAGCUUCAGCGGAGGCAGUUCCAGCUUUGGUGGAUCAAGCUUUGGUGCUACCGGAGGCGGUGGUGGCUUCAGCUACGCCCCCCAGGCACCAAUCGUACAGAAGCAUAUCUACGUGCAUGUCCCACCCCCAGAGCCCGACUUCGCCACCCCAUCUCGCCCCAUCGCCCCUCCCCCACCCCCACAAAAGCACUACAAGAUCAUCUUCAUUAAGGCACCCACUCCACCCACCCCAACCGCCCCAGUCAUUCCCCAGAUCUCACAGGACUCAGAGAAGACCCUCAUUUACGUGUUGGUCAAGAGGCCAGAAGAAGCACCCGAAAUCAACAUCCCAACUGUUGCACCCACUGCUCCAUCCAAACCCGAAGUUUACUUCAUCCGCUACAAGACCCAGAAGGAGACCAGCGCCGUUGGAGGUGGAGUUGGCGGAGGCAUCGGUGGAGGCAUUGGCGGUGGAGUCAUUGGAGGCGGAAUCGGUGGAACUGGAAUCGGAGGAGGACUUGGCGACUUGGGCGGUAUUGGAGGCGGCAUUGGAGGCAUCGGAGGCGGCAUUGGAGGCGGACACGGAGGCGGUAUUGGAGGUGGACACGGGGGUGGUCACGGAGGAUCAGGCGGACACGGCAGCUCCGGUGGUCCUACUGGCCCCUCAUCCAACUAUGGCCCCCCAGGCGCCAGUGGCCCCUACUAAGCGUCAGCUGACACCCCUCGACCCAAUCAAAAGCAAUGACCAUUAUUGGAGGGCUGGCAGCGGGGGCUGGCUGCAGCAGCGCCACUCGUACGGGUAUUUGUUGGUGGCGCUGCUGACUGGCUUCGGCUGCACGUCCCUGCAGCUCAGUUCGGCAUGCGGCCGGCGGCGAUAACCACCCACUCUUCUUCUUCAUUCUCCUCUUCCAUUGGUCUAUCGCCUCGUCCGCACUCCGAUGAAUCCUUAUUAUUGUGUUUAUAACACUUCGACUGUUUGUAAUAUAUUAUAUUUUGUAUAUAUUAACGAAGGUGUGGAUUUUUCUAUUGCAAGAGAAAGCACACGGUGGCAAUAAAUGUGUUUUUUUGUAAA